AUGAUGCACCUAACUUCGCUGCCGGCGGUGCUGGCUCUUCUCUUCGCCUGUCUGGCCUCUGCUUAUCGACCAGUCCAAUUCGUCAAGCACACGGGCGAAGCUGGCCGGGCCGAUCAAGCCUUCAGUCUGGUCAACUACUACAAUGAGACAACACAGCAAUCCGACCUGUACGUCCGCAUGUGGGCGUUCCGCUACGAGUCCAGCGCGCUAGGAUGGGCGGCUCUGGGUUUGGGCCCUCAGAUGAAAGGCUCGCUCAUGUUUAUUACUUACGGCGACCCGGCGACGAACGAGCUCACUCUGACCGUACGGACCGUCGACGGGCACCACCCUCCGCGCCCAGUACCGGAAAUGGCCGACUUCUACUCUGGCGACGUGCCCGUCGUCGACGUCGUCUCGACCCGCUUCGAGCCAUACGACGGCGACUUCGUCCUCGAGGAGCUUCAACAGAAGCCCUCGCAUCUGGGCAUUGCCGAGUUCAUCGUGCGUGGCUACGACAAGUGGACGGCUGCCGACCUCGGUGUCCACAACGACACCACCAAGCAGUCGAUGAUCUGGAGCAGCAACUUCAAGCAAGAUUACGAUGGUGACUUUUCUCCCGAGCGAAACAUCGACAUGCACCAGUUUGGCCUGGGCUUCGGUUUCGUCUGGGCGGAUCUACUGAACGCUGUGUCGCCCGUACCCUUUUUCGGUCCGAUCAAUGAGUUGGAUGGGCACAAGGGUGUCAAUGAGAUUGGUGACCCUCUCGAACCCACGGCCGAUGAGUUGAAGACCGGUGACGAUAUCAUCGCCGCGCAAGAGGGUGGUGCCGAUGGUGGUGACUCUGGAAACGACGCUGACAACGACAGCUCGCCGACUGAGGAUACACCCUCGGAGGAUACGCCCGCUGAUGACACGCCCACCGAUGGAACGCCCACCGAUGAUAAGCCCCCCGAGGAUACACCCCCCGUAGACACACCCACCGAGGAUACGCCCGCCGAAGAGACGCCCGUACCUCAACCCGACGGCGCCGACGGUGACACUGGAAGCGACGUUGGAGGUGACGGCUCGUCCACCGAGAAGACUCCAGUAUCCCAACCGGGCGCUGAUGACGGGACCAAGGUCGAGGAGCCCGUCAAGACCGUCAAACAGUGGAACAUUCGAUCUUUGAUGUGGCAUAUCCACGGUUUCUUGAUGACGCUGUCCUUCCUCAUCCUCUACCCGAUGGCGAUUUUCUUUUUGCGCUCGUCGCGGCCCGAGGCCUUCAACCUCCACUGGACCAUCAACUCGCUUGCCGGCGUGGGUGUCGGCAUCGGCGCGGUAGUCGGCUUUAUCAAUUCCCGCUCGAUCUCCAUCCCGCACCAGUACGCCGGCAUCCUGGUCGUGUGCGCGCUCGCCGUGCAGACGGUGCUCGGCUGGCGCCAUCACGUCGUGUACGUGUCCCACCGCGGCGGCGGCGGACGCACCUGGAUGUCCAAGGUGCACGUGUGGCUCGGCCGCGUCGUCCUGCCCGUCGGCAUGCUCAACGUUGUCUCGGGCCUUCUUCUGCGCCACUACGGCUGGCUGACCAUCAGCCUGACCUUGGCGCUGGCCGCCGUCGAGCUCAUCGUGCUCACCCUCAUCGUCGGCCGCGCCAGGCGGAACCGCAGAUCCGGCGGCCCGCUGCAGGCCAAGAGCGCUCCUCCGAUCGGCGUCGAGGAGGCCGAAGAGUAUUUCCAGCUUGGCGAUGACGACGAUGCCGAGUUCAGCGACGCCAACGACGAGGAGGCCGCCGGCAACGCCGCGGCCCUCCGCGCGAAGAAGGACGCCGAGCGCCAGGAUCAGGCGAAACGCCUAGCACGGUUGGACAAGGUUUGA